AUGUUGUUCAACAAGUCCAUCUUCGCCGUCGCCGUCAUGGCCCUCGCCAACGUCGUGGCCGCAGGCACCAACUCCGACCCCGUCUCCGCCUGUCUCCUCAAGAUCAUUGGUGGCACCGACAACCCCGGCGACACCAAGGCUAUCUGUGGCACCGAUGCUAGCAAGAUCCAGUCGCAAAUCUCCAAGGACUGCGGCGACAAGGACGUGAAGUUCUUCAUCAACAACUGCGCCGAACUUGGCCACAAAGUUGAGUCCUCUAGCACCACCGCUGAGAAGACUGCCACCGGCACUUCUGGCUCCUCUACCGCCACUGGUUUCGUCACCGCUGCCUCCUCCGGUUCCUCGGCCACCCAGACUGGCUCCUCCGCUGGCUCUACUGGCACCUCUAGCUCCGGCUCUGCUUCUAGCUCCGGCUCUGGCUCUAGCACUGGCUCUGCUGGCGGAUCGUCUCCUUCUCCUACUUUCAACGCCGCUGCAUCUGAUCGCAAGUUCGAUGCUACCACCUUUGCUGCUGCGGUCUUCAUUGGCGCUGCCGCUUUGCUGUAA